AUGUUCUCGCGCUCGCGUCGUGCCGACGCCAAGAGGCUCAGCGCAUCGCAUGCUAGUCCAUAUGACGACGCCUCCUCUUCCUCAUCCGCCCUGGAAGGACCUGUCCGCGGCAUCUCGAUAGAUAGGGCCAUUCCCAGCAGCACGAUACCCGCUUACACCCCAUCUCCGGCGGUGCCGACAAUAACGACUUCCAACGCACCACCCCUCUCCUUGUCCACGUCUACGUUGAUUCCCCAUGCAUCGUCUUCGCCCAGCACGCCUGUUCAGGCCUUUUCCUCGUCGCCGCCGCGUCUACCUCACGCGGUCGCAGUCGAGCCGCUCGACAAUUCGAACAACAGCUUCUCGGUCGCAUCGCUCGACAGCCUUGGUGCUAUCUCCAUGGCCGGCUCGACGACGGCUGCCGAAGAUGGCAGUCAGUCUGGUUCGCGCUUUGGCGCCAGUCCGCCUACCUCAAGGCUCGUCGCGCCGAGGGGCGAACUCUCUUCCGCUUCCAUCCGCAGCCAGAGGAACUGGGACCAAUUCGAGGGCAAACCGGUUUCGCCGCUACCGAGUCCUGCAGUACAGAACGAGCAGGCUCGGGAUAUGUUUGAUGUUCCCAUCGCAUCUGGUUCAAGACACGCGCCCAGCAACGGCCUCGCUACAUCUGCCCAUCGUCUGGCACCGGCACCUGCGAGGACCCCCUCCAACGACUCGGACCCCACCAUCAGUGAAGCCAGAACCUUGGCAUCUCCAAAAGCAGCAACUCAGCACGAUGUAGGGAGUCGCAACUGGUCCUUCUUCAACUCGGCCCCCGCUGGGCCACCCAUCGCUCGAGCGGCCAGCAUCAAGACGUCCAACAUCUCUUCGAGAGCCGAAUAUCAUGGCAACGGCGACUCUUCCGGACCAGCCACUCCGCAAAGCGCUACAGCGCCACGGGCCGGUUCUACCAGUGCCGAUGCCCUCGGCCACGGCCACGCUGCUCGGCUCGCCUCUGUUGAUCUGUCCAGCAGGAUACGCGUGCCUUCGAGAUUGCCUACUUUGCCUACAGAGGCUGCAGCCGGUGUCGGUGUUGGCUCGUCGACCGUGAGAUCCACCUCGGCCCUCUAUUCGCAGCCGCAGCACUUUGGCUAUCCGCGUCACUCGCGCAUCAGCAGCGGCGAGUCAACCAUGUCCAUGGACGCAGCGCUCUAUUCCCCGCUCUCUGCCGUCGAUCCGCGCACAGGCGGAGACCUGUUCAAUUUCAACUCAACCUCGCAGCUUUCGCUCUCGGGCAUCUCGGACGCCCCCAGUGCUACCCUGGAUGGUCUGCCGCCUAGCAUUCCGUGGGUGCCGGACAGCCCCAAUCGAAUCCGCAGUCGGAGCCAACUGCUGUUGGACGACGAUCGCAGCGCCCAGUCGUCACCCUCGUCCGCCGCGCCCGGGCGGGGGGACAACCGAAGCUGGAGAGACGCUGGCGAUGCCUCAAUAGACUCGAUCAGCGCCGUCAUGCCAAGUGCUGCGCAUCGAGCGAGUCCAGCGCCCGUGCGUACCGAGCUCGACCCUGCCCCGAAAUCAUCAACGGGUCCAUCGAAACGGGACGCAACGCGUACCAAUGGUGCUGCAGGUCAUGCACAGGAAUUCGGACGGGAACAGGAUCCUUCGCGGCUCGGUCACACCACACAUCGUCAGGGCCCGUCAGACUCGGCGACCGGAAGCAGCAUCUUUCCGAGGCCUCCGAUUCUGGACGAGCCAAGUCCGCCAGCGUUUGGAGAGCCGCGAGAAGAGGAAGAGGAAGACGGACGCAUCGGCCCGUAUCGCAUUGAAAAGACGUUGGGCGUGGGCGCCUUUAGUCGGGUGGCCCUUGGCCGUCUGAUACGGACCUCGACCGGUGUCGGGCCAUAUCGGAUGAUCGCGUCGUUGCCCGACCUUCGUCAGAGGGCGCUUCAAAAGCCUCGAUCGACGGGCAACAACGCUGACGACGGCUCGCACGAGAGCGAUGAGGUGGUUGCGCUCAAGAUGCUGGACCGCGAGCCGUGCAACAAUAACGAGCGUCUCAAGGUGAGUUGGGUGCGAGAGGUUGAGGUGCUCAAGCACAUUUCGCAUCCAAACCUCGUGCGCUUCAUCUCGUCGUUCAGCACGCCGUUGCAUCACACACUCGUGCUCGAGCGCGUCGCGGGGGGCGAGCUUUUCGAUGCGCUCAUGUCCAACUUUGACCUGUUCGCGCAACGCGAGUGGCUGGUGCGCGUCAUCUACACGGAGCUGGCCAACGCCAUCGGAUGGAUGCACCACGUCAAUCUCGUCCAUCGAGACAUUAAGCUCGAAAACAUCCUCAUGAGCGUCGAUCUGUUUGCCAACGUGUCGGAGCCUCUGCGCCCGCAUCACCUGCCGACGGGACCGCUGAUCAAGCUCACCGACUUUGGGCUUUCGAGAUUCAUCGAUCCGUCCAAUCCGCUGCUGGAGACGCGCUGUGGGUCGGAAGAGUACGCUGCACCAGAGCUCAUCAUCGGCAAGAAAUACGACGGACGCAAGACGGACGCGUGGGCGCUUGGCGUGGUGCUCUAUGCGCUCAUCACGGGCUCGCUGCCGUUCAUGGAGGACGUCAACGUCGGCGUAAACGGCGCCAGGGAAGGUCAAGGCGGGGAGCGCGAUCCAAAGCAGCGCAAGCGCCAUCUGCUGCGCAUCGCCAAGGGCGACCUGCGCUGGCCCACGCCGGCCAACGAUGCCUGCGUCGACCAGCCCGAUGCAGCACUGUGUCCAUCCAGCCGGCGUCUUGUCACGCCCGUCGCCAGGGCCAUGGUGGGCCGUUUGCUGCGGCGCGACGCCACCAAGCGCGCUACGCCCUGGGAGACGUGGGACGAGCAGUGGUUGCUAGGCGGCAGUUUCGGGUUCUCCACGACGACAAAAUCCACGCAGCCCGCGAGCACGGGUCCGGCCCCUAGCCAGCAGGUGCCGAACGAGGCCUCGGCAGGAGGCGAGCAGCUCGCUCUUCAUCCCGAUCCACGUUCGCAGCAGGGUCAGCAUUGGCUCGAAACGCACGCAGCCGUGCGCCAAGACGCCGUGGCCCAGGUCGCUCGCGACGAUUGA